AUGCCCUGGUCGGACAGCGGAACGGAUUGGGCACCAGGGAAAGACUCUUUGACCAAUGAACCAAUACCAAAAUCGGCGUCACGUAUUCUAAACGCCAGUAAAAUACGAGAUGACUUCAAAGCGAAAAAGCGUAAACUCGAGGAUGGGGACGAUGGUGAACGUCAAGGCAAGCGAAGAAAGUCAGACGGAAAAAAGUUGGGAACUGCAGAAAAAGGGAAGCUGACGAUCAAACCUGGAGAGUCGAUACAGCAUUUUAACCGGAGAGUAGAGGAUGACCUCAGGCCACUCAUAAAAUCUGCCAUGCACACCUCUAACGCUGUCGCACGCGGCGUAGCCAGAAAAGAGAUGGAAGACAAGGCUCAAGCUAAAGCGAAGAAUCUGCGUACCCCUCUACCCGCACCCCGAUCCCCCAGCCCAAGCCCUCCCCCUCAAAAGGUAGAAAAACACGAGGGCCGACCAAAAGAGUUUCAAUCCCUCUCAACAUCCGCCCCUCGUCGGCUAAACGACAUCGCACAGGCGCCUCCGGAGCUGAAGAAGUUUCCUCGAGGAGCAGCCACUGCUGCAGGUAGCAUGCACAAGCGUGUUGAUGGUGUUCUGUCGAUGGCGCAGAAGGCCAUGAUGGAACAGGAGAGGUUGAAGGCUGUUUCGCGAUAUAGGGAGCUCAAGGCUAGUCGCAGGCAAGCUGGGGAAGGUGGGGAUGAGAGAGCACGAGGCGCAGAUGAUGAUGAUGAUGAUUUCCGCCCGUCAUCCUAG